UAAGCUCGCGCGUGAAAAUGUAUUAAAUACCCAUGAAACAGCUUCUUUUAAAAGUCAGAUUCUAUUUUAUUUGAUAUUUAAAACUUUAACUAAAUUUUAAUAAGUUAAGAGCUGAAUAAUUGACUUGAUAUGAAGCGAUACUUUAAUAUUUUAUAUAUUUAAAAAGUAGAAUACCCGGAAGUAGCUCGGUUAAUACAAACUGCGCAUGCGCAAAGCAAACGUGAUUACAAAUCCUAAAGCAGUUCAGGAGUUGUGUAGUAUUUGGUUAGUAUUUGGUCGGGUUGAGUGAAUGAUUUAAACCUGCUAGUGGUGUAUUCAUGUUGUACAUAUUGUGGAAUCAGAGUUCUAUGACACAGCAUGCUAGUGGUGCAAAGUUCUCCUUUCUGUGCCACAUCAGCAGUAAGAGAUCAGAUUAGAUCAGACUGCAGUUGAGUUUCAGGGACGAAUGGCUCGGACCGAGCACGCCGAGGCUCAGCUGGCUGAACUGGAGCUGCUGCUGAGCAUGUUCCCCAGCCAGGAGGAGCUGGAGGUGGAGCCGGUGGCGCACGCAGAGCUCAGGGCGUCUGUGGAAGGAACAUCUGAGUGUCCACCAAGCACCAGACCUGAACUCUGCGUCAAGAUCCGGACACACUCUGGGGUGGAUGUUUCACUCUCGUGCACAUAUCCAUCUGACUAUCCGACGGUUCUGCCCGAGAUCGUAGUCAGAUGUGGCGAGUUGAGCCGGGCGCAGCACGUCUGCCUGGUCUCCGACCUGCGCUCGUACCUGCGCGAGAGCUGCACCGGUGGUGAAGUGUGUGUGCUGUCCGCCGUAGACUGGCUCAGAGAUCACACGCACAAAUACCUUGAGAAGAACGACAGUGGUGACGAUGGCACAAAAGGAGCAGCAGAAACACAAAGCGAUGAGAUCUUCACCAGGUUAUGGAUCUACAGCCAUCAUAUCUACAAUAAGACCAAAAGGAAGAACAUCCUGGAGUGGGCCAAAGAGCUCCAUCUGACCGGCUUCAGCAUGCCCGGGAAACCAGGGGUCGUGUGUGUGGAGGGGCUACAUGCUGCCUGUGAGGAAUUCUGGGCCAGAGUGAAGGUCCUGACCUGGAAGCGCAUCAUGAUCCGUCACAGAGAGGACUUCCCGCUGGACCCGGAAGGCCAGCACGCUAUAGAGUCACUGCGCCGGUUCGAUGGCUUUGAGGAGGCCGCGUUCGAUCCUCACGGGAACAGAGGGAACCACAUGGACCUCGGACAGCUCUUCCAGUUCCUCAGCGAGCGAGGCUGCGGCCAAAUCUUUCAGCUUUACUUUGGAGUUGAAGGGAGAUAAAUAAAGACUCUUUAUGGUACAAGGUUUACUGUGUGUGUGUGUGUGUGUG